UCCUCAUUAAUUGCGAGCCACUGCAGCGCGUGCACGCAGUUAGUGCCAGUUUGAAACCGGCUAAGCACGCGCUGCCAUUCUUACUCCACCCGGCGCGGAGGCCAUUUCAUUCAACUCACUCCAGAUUUCUUCUGAAUAAUUAUAACGUCUUACUACUGUUCAAACCAGUUGACCAAAGAAAUGGUGAUGGAGAAGCCAAGUGCCCAGCUUGUCGGGCGAGAGUUUGUCCGACAGUAUUACACCCUUCUGAACCAGGCUCCUGACUACCUGCACAGGUUUUAUGGCAAGAAUUCUUCCUAUGUGCAUGGUGGUUUGGACAACAACGGCAAACCCGCAGAGGCUGUCUAUGGCCAGUCGGAAAUUCAUAAAAAGGUGAUGGCUCUGAGCUUCCGUGACUGUCACACCAAAAUCAGGCACGUCGAUGCUCAUGCCACUCUGAACGAGGGGGUUGUGGUGCAGGUGAUGGGAGAGCUGUCCAACAACAUGCAGCCCAUGAGGAAGUUCAUGCAGACCUUUGUGUUGGCCCCAGAGGGCACUGUUGCAAACAAGUUCUAUGUACACAAUGACAUCUUCCGCUAUCAGGAUGAAGUCUUUGGGGACUCAGACUCUGAACCUCCUGAGGAGUCUGAAGAGGAAGUAGAGGAGCUGGAGGAGAGAGUGAACUCGCCUGAGGUGCAGCAGGAAGAGGCGGCUGCGUUCUACGAACAGAGUCCUUGUGUGGAGCCAGAGGCUCCUCAGGAGGAGGUGUCUGUAACCCCAGAGCCCCAGCCUGAACCCGAGCCUGAGAUGGAGCCUGAGGCAGCUGCCGUGGAGCUGAAACAGGAUUCAGCAAGCCAGGCUGAGCCCCUUACUGUGGAGAAAAGCCCAAGAGCUCCUCCCUCACCUACCCCCGCUGAGUCUGCAGCCACCAUACCAGACGAAAACCGGCCUUUCUCAUGGGCUUUAGUCACCAGUAAGAAUCUCCCCCAGGGAGGAGUGGUGCCAGCUUCAGGAAUCCCCCCUCACGUAGUCAAAGCUCCAGCAAAUCAGCAGCCCAGAGUUGAAGUAAAACCAGAACCCCAGACCACAGUACAGAGACCUCAGAGAGACCAGAGACCACGUGAACAAAGACCAGGACCCCUUCCAGCACAGAGAGCUCCAAGACCAGGAGUGCGGGAAGGAGAGAGUGGAGAGCCUGAGGUGAGGCGGGUGGUCCGGUAUCCUGACAGCCAGCAGCUCUUCGUAGGAAACGUGCCACAUGAUGUGGACAGGGCUGAGCUGAAAGAGUUCUUUGAACAAUACGGAACAGUACUGGAGUUGAGGAUCAACAGUGGUGGCAAGCUCCCCAACUUUGGAUUUGUGGUUUUCGAUGAUUCUGAACCUGUACAGAAGAUCCUGAGCAAUCGGCCCAUUAAGCUACGGGGAGACGUUCGUCUGAAUGUGGAGGAAAAGAAAACGCGUUCAGCACGUGAAGGAGAAAGGCACAUCCGUCCCAGAGGCCCAGGAGGACCACGGGACAGGAUAGGAGGUCCGAGGGGGCCGCCUCCUCGAGGGGGCAUGGCUCAGAAGCCAAGUUUUGGUGCCGGGCGUGGUGCAGGCUCCAGCGAGGGGCGUUAUGCGGGGCAACGCCAGUGAAGCAGCUCUCGUCUCCAAUCACUGCUGAUGCAAGUCAACCUGAGUAACAGCUUUCCUCAUCCUGUUUGCCAUGCUGCUCCUGGGCUGCAGAGUGGCAUAUCCCCUUUAUCUGGACUCCUCCUGUAUUUGAGUUUGAACUCGAAUUUGUUGUAGACAAACAAACUACUUGAAUUGUGGAAAAGGAAAAACCCAGCGUUUUGUUUUGU